CCACGGCCUGUAACCGUCUUUUCCUUUUUGCCGUGAAUUAGGAACGCUUUUUGUAUGGACCAUCCCCGCGCGUCUCAUGUCUUUUCGUCGGUUGUGUUGAGUUCCUAUAUGUUUCGUUGUAGAAACCGUACACGUGUCAACCUUAGACCACGUUCGCCCUUCCCGGGUCAACCUCAGUGGCCCGGGAGCACAAACACCAGCGCAGUUUCAGAAUAAGCAACGUUGGCUGAUCCUCCUCUUGUCGUUGGAGCCGUUCACGUACACUGCUGUCAUACGCGAUAUAUCAAGCAACUCCCACCCUUGUGCAUUGCUUCGGAGAGAUUCCCAAGUGAACCUAUAUAGAUUUCUUCGCCUAAGGGACAAGGAGUUCGGCGACUAGCUUGUGGUACUGUCGGUGUAUCAAGCAGACACUCGGACUCGCUCAUACAGCGUCACACACUCGCGGUAUUUUUCACGGGAGCAAUAUCUAAUGGAAAUGAACGCGUUGAUGAAACAUGAUGCAUCCCCAGGUGAAAGUUCUUGUCGGGAUUAUACUCCCAGAGGCCGAGCGAAAAGUUAAUUCAACAUCUCACGGCACGCAGGAGCGUGCCAAUCACGACGCUAGCUCCGCCCAACCAGCUUCACGGCAGUCGCAUGCUGCAGCUACUCGUCCAGCCGUUCCUGACGGUGCUGCCAAGAGUGAUAUCGACGUGGCAGCGUUGAUGGAGCGCUUGGUUCGCACGGAAGCAAGGCACGUAGAGCUGGAAUCUGGCCUGAAAGCUUCCCAUGCGAAACAAGUCGAGCUUGAAGCUGGUCUAGAAGCUGCUCAUGCAAGGAACACCACGCUAGAAGACGGUCUUGAAGCGGCAACUGCAAAAAACGCCGAGCUGGAGUCUAAGGUGAAAAUCUUACACAAGAAGGUGAUGAAGCCUGAGCCGGACUCGGAUAGCUUCGUGCCCAGCGGGGGGCGGCAAACUUUGAAGCAGCGGCAAGCUGUCACCGAGAGAGUGGAUGACUUUCUCGAGAGGGCUCAAGAGAGAGGUAAAUUCCCAAUCUCCUGUACGGGGCUCGAGUUGGCGACGCUUUCGCGUUGGUUUGCGCCGGCAAUGUGUGUGGUAACUUGAUGUCGAAGCACCAAUGCCGAAUAAGCGUGUUGUGUUUUAACAGACCCGAUUCAGGGAGCAGGGACAAGAUCUACUCGUUGGUUUGGAAGAGCGAACGUCGGACCGGCACGAUUCGAUUCGUUCGUGACGGAGUGAAGAUUCAAUCGUCUCAGCGCAUUUGACGUCUAAUCCUGAUCUCAUUGAACGCUUGGUGCAGGCGUCGCCGUGUUUCGCUACCCCCCUCAUAUUGGAUAAUACCAUAUGCACGAGCAUUCAGUAGCUUGACUACUCUGUUUUGCAUGGUUUCUUUCCAUGUGGAAUGGUUGCUUUCCAUGUGGAAUGGUUGCUUUCCAUGUAGAAUG